AUGGCUUGGCGCAAUGCAGGAUCUGCUGCCCGCUCUUUCGUCUCCGCCACCGCAAGAGCACCGUCUCUCCGUUCACCAACGGCGGCGCUUCCUCGCCUCCGUCCUUCCCCAUCCUCAUCUUUACCUGGCCGUCGCUUCUCCUUUUCAUCUCCUUCUAGGAACCUAGGAGCGCUUGGUUGCACGCAGUCUUUCUUGCCUCUGUACAGCGUUGUGGCUGCUUCUCAGCUCACCUCUCAUCUCAAUGUUAAUUUGCGUGCUUUCUGCGAGCUACCAAACGGUACCUUCCGACGCACUUGUCAAGAUCGCUAAUAUUCACUCUUUGUACUUGAAGAGGCAGAGGAGCGUGGUAUAAUGCAACAGUGCAUGCAUCAGUUACUUUAAAGGGGGGUCUGAGAGAUCCAAAGAUUGGUUUUACCUCAGAAAAAAACUUAAAUCAUUCUGUUACUUUUGUUUAGAUGUUUUCAGUUCCAUAUUGUGUGGGAUCCCUUUGAUUAUCAAUAGCUGUAGAGCUUUUCGUUUGCUUGGCACAAUAUUUUACCUCUCCAAGAACUUUUGUUUUGUUUUGGAAAGAUGAAUAAAAUUCUGAAACUACUUAGCAUUGUUUAA